AUGGCAUGCGUGAACGAAGGCGCUCUCAAAGAAUUCGUCCUGCACGGCGUCUACAUCUUGCUUGUCUUCCAUCAGAACUCAACAUAUGAGGAGCGGAGGGCGAAGGCUGCGGCAGAGCAUCGCGCACAGGAGGAGAGGGCGGCGCAGCUGGCUGCUGAGCAGGAGGCGGCGAGGCGAGCGGAGCGCGAGGCGGCUGAGCUAGCGGGUGCGGCAGAGCGGGCGGCGCUGCGCGAGGAUGCGGAGCUAGCAGAGGCGCUGCGCCGGUCAGAGGUGGAUGCGGAGGAGGAGGCGCUGGCGCGUCGGGUGUCGCGGUGCGAGGAGGCGGUGAGCAGCGAGUCGACCGGCGGCGGCGUGGAAUUGCCGCGGCGUGUCCAUCGGCUGGAGGCGAGCCUCGGCACGGCGACCGAGGGCAGCCUCGAGGAGCGGGUCGGCGCCAUCGAGCGCUUGAUCGGGCCAGAGGCGGGAGAGGCGGCGGAGCAGCAUCUGCCAGUCACCGAGCCGCUUGCUGUAUCACUAGCGGACGCCGGCCUCGACACGGGGAGGCCGGCUGCCCCAGAGUCCACGAUGGGGGGAGAGACGUCGUGCAUCAUAUGCUUCGAGCGGCCGAAGUCUCACCUCGCGGUGCCGUGCAGCCACUUGUGCGUGUGCCGUCCAUGCUCCGCGCUGAUGCGAGAGUGUCCUUAUUGCCGCGAGCCAGUGAUGAUGUGGCUCGCCCCGCGCCCUGUCUGA